GUGUUUUCAAUGGUAAAUCAGAGGAAAGGUCCAAUUAUAAUUUGAGGGUUGGGUUUACAUGUAAUUUUAGCGAAUGAAUAUAAAAAUGGCGGGUAGUGAACGGCACGUGGUUGAUGGCAUUAAUAAUCUGUCAACAUUUUUACUAACGCAUCAAACUCAACUCGAGCUGUCUGGUGUUCCAAGACAUUUUUGGAAAACCUUAUAUGACAAACUUUGUAAGGGAAUCAUGGAUGCUGGGGAAACUUUCAGCAUGAUCAAGCUUGAGUAUAGUGAUGAUGAAUCUGAAGAAGUGAAUUCUAACAACAGUGAAGAAGAGAACAAGCAUGACAGUGAUAACUCCAACACGAAAAAUGAAAAUACUGACAGAUGUCAUCUCCCUCUAUGGAAAGUUAUUGUAAUUAGAAAAGAAGGUGUUGAUCCACAGGAUCCACAACACAUCUACUUGAUUGAUCAUGCCUGGACAUACAGUAUCAGUGUGGCUCAUCAGCAUUUAGCAGAAAUUCCUGGGCUGUUGGAAAGAAUGCUUGCUAUGAUGGAGAUUGAUACUGAAGAAAAAUCUCGAGAAGAAAUGAUCACCAGUGUUUUGAGUAACAUGUGGAGGUACAACCAGUCAUAUAGCUUUGGAGGGACAAACAUUGAAGCUGAGAGUGCUUCUCCUUUGUGGUAUGUAAUGGAUGAAUUUGGAUCUCGUAUCCAGCACUCUGACAAUCCUAACUUUCGUACUGUACCUUUUUAUGAUGUUCCAGCACAGACUUCUUUUACGCUUCUCUUUCCGAUAAAGCAAGUGGAAUAUCAAGGGGAAGUGACUCGAGACUAUAUUGAAGGAUUAGCCACUGAUGCUUUGAGCCGCAAAGCCCUGAGAAUUCCAUGGGAACCAUGUGAUAUGAGUGAUGUAAACUGGAAUUGGUAUGAACAAAGUGAAAAUUUUUUACAGAGUGGUCGAGUGAAAGAGACUACUCCUGACCUAACCCAGGACUUUCCAGGUAUUCCAACAGAAAGAAAACUAAAAGUAUAUGCUGAGUAUAGUGUCAUAAGGGAAAAUUUACACCAUCCAGCAUUUGAAAUAGUACAUGAUGAAAAUGAAGCUGAUAUUCUGUGGUAUAAUUUUCAUUUCAAAGAAUACAGAGAUUUGAGCAUUAGUAGCCCUCACAAGAUGAUCAAUCAAUUUCCAUUUGAGCACAUCCUCACUGUGAAAGAUCUACUUGCCAUCACAUGCAGAAGGGCAGCACCAGUGAAUAACACUGUUGACUCAAACACUCUGAAGACAUGGCCUAAAUGGUUGCCAACAACUUAUAAUUUAAAGACUGAAGUGCCCCAGUUUGUUUCUUACUACCAGCAAAGAGCUGUAAGGAAACUUGACAAUCAUUGGAUUUGCAAACCUUGGAAUUUAGCUCGUAGCUUAGACACUCAUGUUACAUCAGAUUUGAACUUCAUUCUCAGACUCCCUUCAUCAGGACCAAAGAUAGCUUGCAAGUAUAUAUCCAAUCCUGUGCUCUUUCCGAGAGAUGAAAUUGGCAUGGUGAAGUUUGAUUUUAGGUAUCUUAUUCUUUUGCAAAGUGCUCAUCCUUUAAGACUAUAUGUCUACAAACAUUUUUGGUUGAGGUUUGCAAACAAGCCCUUUUCCCUGGAUAAUUUUGAUGAUUACGAAAAACAUUUUACAGUGAUGAACUAUACCAACACAACCCUGAAGCAAAUGUAUUGCCAUGACUUUAUUGAGCAGUUUGAGGCAUAUUAUCCUUCGUUCAAGUGGAAGGAUAUUGAGAAAGAUGUGUUUGGAAUUUUAAAGUCAGUGAUGGAAGCAGCUACAAGCAAGCCACCACCAGUAGGUCUUUGUUCAAAUCCUCAAUCUCGAGCUAUGUAUGCUGUGGACAUGAUGCUGGAAUGGGACCAUAGUAACCCAGAUAAGCCACAUAUACAACCUAUGCUCUUGGAAGUUAACUGGGCUCCAGAUUGUCAGAGAGCCUGCCAGUAUUACCCAGAGUUCUUUGAUGAUAUAUUUUCUGUUCUUUUUUUGAACAGUAUUGAAAAUCGUCCUGUGCAGCUGCUAUAGUUGGUUAGGGUUUAGCUGAAUAAUUUUGUUAAGUUACAAAAAAAU